CAUUCAUAAACUGUCUUCGACUCCUGUUCGAAGACGAGUUUCAUUAUCAUCAGUAUCAACUUUUUUGUUUAUCGACGAAGAAGAAGAAGAAGAACGAUGGAAGAAAGGGAAUAAGAGCGUCUAUAAAUACACUCACUAAGGACCACAUCCAUUAUUUAUCUCUCUCUCUCUCUCUGUCUGUCUUUAUAUUAAUGAAGACACCUCUCACUUCUUCUUCUUCUUCUCUGUCUCUCUCUUCUUUAUCUCCCUCUCAAUCAAACAAACACUUUCUUUCUUCUUCUUAUUCUUUCUUUCAUGGCUUGUUUGAGAGAUGAGCCCCGGGGUUCACUCUCCAAUAUGCUCUCUAGACGUCUCUCUAUCACUGAAGAGGAACAAAAACAAGAAGAUGCAGAGCAACCCAAGCAACCCAAUACUCUCUUUGUUCAAUUCCCUUUCGAGAAGGUCUUUCCCGUUUACGCAAUGGGGUUUCUCAGCUCCGACUUUGACCCGCUUUUGUCCUUCCCCUAUUCCCGUGCUGACCCGAUUUGGGACGCUGUUCGACAAGAAGCCAAGUUGGAGGCAGAGAAGGAGCCGAUUUUAAGUAGCUUCUUGUAUGCUAGUAUUUUGUCACAUACUUGUUUAGAGCAAGCUUUGGGGUUUGUUCUUGCCAACCGACUCCAAAAUCCCACACUCUUGGCGACUCAACUUAUGGAUAUAUUUUCUAAUGUAAUGAUGCAUGAUAAAGAUAUUCAAUGUUCCAUUCGGUUAGAUGUGCAGGCAUUUAAAGACAGAGAUCCUGCUUGUUUGUCAUAUAACUCAGCUCUUUUGUAUCUCAAGGGUUACCAUGCUCUACAAUCAUAUCGAGUAGCACAUUCAUUGUGGAAGCAAGGACGUAAAGUGUUAGCAUUUGCAUUGCAAAGCCGUAUCAGUGAGGUAUUUGGAAUUGACAUACAUCCAGCUGCAAGUAUUGGAGAUGGGAUAUUAUUGGAUCACGGCACUGGUGUUGUUAUUGGUGAAACCUCUGUUAUAGGAAACCGAGUUUCUUUGAUGCAUGGUGUGACUCUAGGUGGGACUGGGAAAGAAAUCGGUGAUCGCCAUCCAAAAGUAGGUGAAGGUGCACUGAUUGGAGCCUGUGUGAAUAUACUUGGGAAUAUAAAAGUAGGUGAAGGGGCAAUGAUAGCUGCUGGCUCCCUUGUUUUGAAGGAAGUUCCUCCGCAUAGCAUGGUGGCAGGAACACCAGCAAAGGUGUUAGGAUACAUAGUAGAUGAGCAAGACCCAUCUCUGACAAUGAAUCAUGAUGCCACCAAAAUAUUUUUCAAACGUGUGGCUGUCGCUUUUAGAAAGGCAAGGUCCACCGGGCCUUCGGAUACCGAAAAUAAGGAAGGCAAGUGAGCGAUGUGCAACAGUGCAAAGGCGAAGGCAUAGAUCUCCGUUGCUGAUGCAGUUAGCUUUAUUAGUCAGUAGAUGUAUGACAUGCAGCAGCAUGAUACAUGAUAGGACCAUUGAAGAAAUAAUGUUACUGUAGUUUAUACAGAUCAUCUGAUAUCUAUAGUUCCUUUCGUCGAUGUUUCGAGACAUUUUUUGGCAAUGUUCAACAAAUUUUGACUCAAGUAUUUGUUGCCCAA